AUGGAAGGCCCCUUUGCAUGCCAUGGCACCCUGAUACACUCUCGGUCGCCAUCCGAGGUUGAAGUCCUCGACGAUACGCUCAUCAUAGUCGAUGACAAGGGCAAGAUAAGCCACAUCUACCCACAAUUCCAGCCCAAAGACGGCCAAAGCCUGGAGGACAGCAUUGGCCAGUUAAUCAGCCAACCUGUUGCUGGCAUUCCUGUCAUUCGCUUGGAGUCUCCCAGCCAAUUCCUGGUUCCGUCCUUCAUCGACACCCAUGUCCACGCACCGCAGUUCUCCAUGCGCGGCCUCGGCCAGGGUCUCCAUAUCCUGGACUGGCUGGACCAGAUCACGUUCCCGCACGAGGCCAAAUUCCGCGAUAUCGACUACGCGCGGCACGUCUACUCACGAUGUGUCGAGAUGGGCCUCCGCCAGGGCGUGACCACCGCGUGCUACUUUGGCAGUCUGCACACGCCCGCGACCAAGAUCCUCGUCGACGUGUGUCUUGAAAAGGGUCAGCGGGCGUUCGUGGGGAAGACGUGCAUGGAUAACCCGCAGACCAACCCGGCGUAUUACAGAGAAGACACCACGGACGUGGUGGCCGGAACGAGAGACGUGAUCCAGCACUGUCGAGCCGUGGACGCGCAAGGCGAUAAUGUCCGACCGAUCCUAACGCCGCGGUUUGCAUUAAGCUGCACGCCAGAAUCACUGACCGAGCUGGGCAAACUGGCCAGGGAGCACGAGCACGUCUACGGCGAGGGCCAGGGGAUCCCCAACCAAACGCACUUCUGCGAAGCGCAGCAAGAAAUCGACGCCACGUUGAACCAAUACCGCGACUUCAGCUGCGAAGCCGACCUGUACGCGCACUUCGGCUUAUUCGACCACAACUCGGUGCUCGCACACUGUACGCUGCUCAGCGAGGAGGACCAAUCCAGAAUCAAGCAACAGAACUGUGGGAUAGCGCACUGUCCGGCCUCGAAUACGACCGUCGGCGGGGGAUUCAUGGCCGCCCCGAUUCGUAAACUGCUGUCAGACGGGGUCACCAAGAUCGGCCUGGGCACCGAUUCGGGAGGUGGGUUCUCGUGCAGCAUCAUGGACGCCAUGCGGCUUGCACUGAUCGUGGGCAACGCACGGGAGAUGCUGUCCGCCGGCAAGGAGGAGAGGCUGAAGCUGGAAGAGAUCUUCUACAUGGCCACGCUGGGCGGCGCCAAGGUGCUGCGUAUGGAGGACCGCGUCGGCUCGUUCGAUGUAGGGAAACAGUUCGAUGCGCUUUUGGUGGACAUGAGCGAUCCUUCCUACGACAGGGGCUCUGGCGGUUUCGAAGGCAUGCACACCAUGAUGGACGGCGAGGACCGGAACGCCGAGGGGAUCAGGCGGGUAUGGGAGAAAUGGGUCAUGUCUGGGGACGACAGGAACCUGAGGAAAGUCUGGGUUGGUGGGAAAGUCAAGAAAGACAUGUUUUAG